GAGACCCAGGUAAAUUACCUGGGCAACAGGUGUCUAGCUGGGACAGACGCAAAAUGGCCAUACCACAGCCAGCAACUCCCAUUCGUCAGGGGGCGGACGACAGCUCCAAGCAGGUUUACGAGCGUCUGGAUGUGUACAUUCAGCCCUUGGUCAAAGACCGAUCGCAUGAGGCGCCCGAGCCAGCCCUACCACAAUACCAUCAUUCACAAGGAAACGACCCCAAUCAUCAGCAGCAGUAUGUACACCACAACUACCAAGCACAUCCACAGUAUGCUUCAGUCCCCAAUCAAAAAAAGGGUGGCCGGAGCAGGUCGGGAUGGCUUGUAUCCAUCCUGGCUGCUGUGUGUGCGGCUCUGAUCGCAGCCACCAUCACCGGAGUUGCCGUGUGGAAGGCGACCGAGUGCAAAGGCAGUUUGGGGACGUGUGAGGGCGGCGGUGGUGGUGGAGACGGCGGCGGACCCGGUGCAUCUCCUCCCGCUGAAGACAUGCCCACCGGCGGCGGACCCCGAAAGGCGAUCCGCCCAGCCUCGGGCCUUGCCGCUAUCGGAUGGAGGGUCAAAGACGAGACCUUUAUCCAGCUUGUCUACCAGGACUCCGACGAUAACCUCAGGACGAGUUGGUUCUCGUCCCUGUGGUCCAACUGGACUGCUCCCAGAAUUGUCCCACUAGUGAACAAAGAUGCCCACCAGCCCAAGUCUGGAACCCCUUUUGCCGUAAGCACGCUUUGGCGAUGGUCAGGUGUGGAAAAUGAAUGGGAGGCCCAAAACCAAAUGAACUACCUCUCCCCUACCGGCAUCGUUCUGGGCUACAACUUCCGCCUGGUCUGGCCCCUGGGCUUACCCGACAGCAUCACACAGAAGAGCUACAGCGCCUCGCCAAGCUCCAACCUCGCCUCCCUGUGGCCGUACAACUUUUACCAAGCCGGCAGCGAGAUCAGGCAGGUGCAGGAUGCAAGCGCCGCCAACGUCAAGCUGGAGGGCCUUUCCGACGCCGCGGGCGCCACCCCCUUGCUCGCGCUCCCCGUCGGCGCGACGCGCAACCCGGAAGAGCUGCGCCUCUUCUACCGCAACGGGAACGGCACGCUCUCGCUCUUUGAGCGCGACUCCCGCGGCAGCAGCACAGGCAACAGCGGUGCCCUGGCCGUCGACAUUCCCGCCGGCGCCGGGCUCGGGGGCUUCGCGACGGCCCGAAAGUCCAGCGGGCCGGGCAUCAACACGUUUGUGCUGUGGCAGGACGCUCUGCAAAGGGAAAACGGCGGCAUCAGGAUCAUGUCGCAGACGGACGGCGAGGGCGAGUGGAGGGGCCCGGUUUCCGACCCGGUGUUUUCGCGCGCCGACAUCAAUACACGCAUCGCUUGCGUCAACGAGGGCAUGGGGGCGGUCAACAACGAUGCCACGCAGACCAACGUCCGGUUGUCAAACAGCAGAGACUUGAACAGGUGUUAUUUUCAGGCCGAAGGCGGAAGGCUGAAGCAGGUACGCCAUGACGGGAAGAAAUGGAUCGACUUGGGGUUUGUGCCAAUGUAG